ACAACUUCCAUCUGUUCGUUCAACAAACUACUUUUUUGCCAUUCAAUUUCAAUUUGCUCCAAUUAAUCCAACCGCCUAUUAUAAUCUCUCUUUCACUCUCCAUUUCUCAUCUCACUGCACGCAAGCGACUUCAACAAUGGCAGGGGUUUUGUCCCUUCUCAGGCGAUUCUAUCUCAUCGCUUAUAACUGGAUUGUCUUCGCCGGAUGGUUUCAAGUAUUGUUCUUGGCUUUGAAAACUCUAAAGGAAUCAGGGCAUGAACAGGUUUACAGUAACAUCGAAAAGCCGCUCUUAUUAGCUCAAUCUGCUGCCUUUUUAGAGAUACUACAUGGUGUCGUAGGCUUGGUAAGAUCCCCAAUUUCAGCAACAUUGCCUCAAAUAAGUUCAAGAUUGUAUGUAGUAUGGGGAAUCCUUUAUAGUUUCCCUGAGGUUCAAACACAUCCUAUUGUUAGCUCUUUGGUCAUUAGUUGGAGUAUCACUGAGAUUAUUAGAUACUCUUUCUUUGGGACAAAGGAGGCAUUUGGUUCUACUCCAUACUGGCUUUUAUGGCUCAGGUAUAGCACCUUUCUUGUGUUAUAUCCAACUGGCAUCUCAAGUGAAAUUGCUAUGAUCUAUAAUGCCCUACCUUAUAUGAAGGAAUCUGAAAAGUAUUCCAUAAGGAUGCCCAACAAAUGGAACUUUUCAUUUGAUUACUUCUAUUUUGCUUUUGUGGUGUUUGCAAUCUACUUACCAGGAAUUCCUCAUUUGUAUGGAUACAUGCUUGCACAAAGAAAGAAAACUUUGUCCAAGUCGAAAAAGGCAUGAACUCAUUGAUUUUAACUAUUUGUACUAGAUUAUAAUUUAUAACCAUUGUCACAUGAAUAUAUUUAUGUUUACAACAUAAAUCAUAAUAAGUCCUUCCAUUUCGAGUA